AUGACGUCGGUACGGAGCCGACUAGGCGAAAUCCCUGCUUCAACAGACGUCAAGUCGGUGAACUAUCAUGAAGGCUUAAAGCGGGUUCUCUCCCUUGAGCCUCGUAGCCCCAGUAUUUCCAGCCAAUGGCACGGCGUGCGGUGCCGGGGUAGCGCCGUGACCGCCAUUUGGGCUUCCGAGUAA